AAACCAGGUCCGUGAUGCUCAGUGCAAGGUUGAUGAGGAAUCCCACAUGAAAGCUAUUGCUCAAGAUAAUAAGGUCAAUGCUGAAAGAAAGGCAUGAGCUAUGCUGAAUGGACUUGAGGAAGCCAGAACAAUGUUGGAGCAGGGAGAUAGAGGAAGGAGAGCCUUGGAACAGGAGCUUGCAGAUUCCAAUGAGACCCUAGCUGACUUGUCCAACCAAAACCAGGCCAUUUCUGCUGCAAAGAGGAAGCUAGAAAAUGAGUUCCAGACUGUUUCUGCUGAUCUUGAUGAGAUGGCUAAUGAAGCUAAACUUUCUGAAGAAAAGGCUGCAAGAGCUAUGAUUGAUGCUGCAAGACUUGCUGAUGAACUUCGUGCUGAACAAGACUUUGCCAUGUGCCUUGAAAAAGACCGCAAGCUUCUUGAGGCCCAGUGCAAGGAUGCACAGGCUCGUGCUGAUGAGGCUGAAGUAAAUGCACUUAAGGGAGGAAAGAAGGCCAUGAUAAAAAUGGAGACAAGAAUUAGGGAACUGGAAUCUGAGCUUGAUGCUGAAAAUAGGAGACUUGGAGAUGCAAACAAAAAUCUGAGGAAAACUGAGCGCAAGGUGAAAGAACUUACUUUUGCUGCUGAUGAGGACAAGAAGAACCAUGAGCGCAUGCAAGCUUUGAUUGAUCAGCUCCAGGGCAAGGUCAAGUCAUACAAAAAGCAGAUUGAAGAAGCUGAAGAGAUUGCUGCUCUGAACCUUGCUAAGUUCAGGAAGGUUGCUGGUGCCCUUGGCGAAGCUGAAGCAGCAGCAGAUCAAAAUGAGCAAGCUCUUGCCAGGAUGAAGGCUCGUGCCAGGUCUGCAUCCCUUGGACCAAUGUAAUAAGCCAUUUUGAACCUACUGAAACCUUGCAAUAUCAAGUUAAUUAACGUGUAAUAAACAAUUGCAAAUUUUA